AUGGGAGGGUUAGAACUGCAACGGAAGACUGAUGAGCUGGAUGCCCCAGGAUUCCCGACGGGUGGGUUCGUGAAUGCUUGUCCGUUCGAACUGGCUAUGGUUCAGCAUAAGAAGGUUGUACUCGAGCCGAAGGAGAUUGAGCAAUUCGCGCAAGAUAUGGAGGGACUACGCAACAAACUGAAGGAGUCGGAAAAUGACAAGUAUAAGGCUCGAGCCGAGUUGAGGGAAGCGAAAGAAAUGAAAUUGGCUGCUAUGAAUAAAGCCAGGAAAAUGAAGUCCGAAAUGGCUAAGGUCCAUGAGAAGAAUGAGGAGCUCUUCAAAUGUUGUAAAGCACUCUACCAGCAGUUGGGCGAGCUGAACACGCCCUUCGCACUGGAAGCCGAUACUGAGAGAUCCACUAUGCGGAGGGUCGCUCUGUCGCCUAACACUGAGAGGACGUAUACUAUCACAGAUGCUUGCCGUCCUGAGCCCACUGCGAGGAGUGUUGCGAGGGCUGGGAGGGGCUCUGAAGCUUCUACUAGUUGCCCGCCGACCUCAAGGGAAAUGCUAUUGGAAUCUCAGCUGAAACGAGUGACGCAGAAGCUAGAGGAGAUGAAGAGGACAGCACUUAUUGUGUUGCGAUCGAGGUCCUUAAUUGAAGAAUAUUUGCAUGAGGGGGGUAAGAGGACUAGUAGAGGCCGACGUCACGAAGUACAACGAAGUAUUGUUCCCAGUCCAGGAUCGCAUGAAGAAGAGGCUACUGAGCAUGGCACAGAGACCUUCCUCACAGGAGGUGUGGAGCAAGGGUAUAGUGAUGACGAAAAGAACGAGGAUGAAAGGCUCAAUGAGCGUCCACGAGAGGUGCCAGCCUUGUCGCUAGAGGGAAUCAACAGAUCAGCAUUAUACGAUGUGGAUGAGCUGGCGAAGGCGCUUGAUAAGGCUAGACUGGGAGAGGGGGUUGUUGAUAUUGAUAUCGGUCAACUUACUUGGGAUGCCAAAGAACAUAUCCUACGGAUGCUAUUCCAACGGAUCAACAACGACCCCAUGGCUUCUAUAAAUAAGCAGGGUCGCGCGAGGCUGCGAGCUCAGUUGGUGUCAGUGGGCAUACCUCCUACUUGA